AUGAGCUUCGUGCCGGUGAACCCUCGGCCUAUGCUGCAGGACCUCGUCGACAAGACGGUCCUCGUGCGCCUGAAGUGGGGAGAGACGGAGUACAAGGGGAGACUGGUGUCCAUCGACAGCUACAUGAAUCUCCAGCUGGCCAACACCGAGGAGUACCUGAACGAGAAGUUGACGGGCGAGCUGGGCCAGGUUCUGAUCAGGUGUAACAACGUUUUGUACAUCCGCGGGGCCGAUCAAAAGGACAGCAGUGCGGACGUCAAGAUGGAGGGUUGA